AUGAAAGGCCAAUCAAAUCCAACAGUAACACCUCUGCUUCGUAUUGAUUACAUGAUAGAACGAGCGCGAGAAGCCAGUAGUAGCUUGAAUCAACGAAUGUUGUAUUUACAAGAUGCUCGACUUCAUCUGGAUCGUUAUAUUGUAGUUCACAAGAGAACAAGCCAAAAUGAGUAUGACAUCAGUCUAAUAGAAGCCAAAUUGAGCAAGGCCAUAGAGGAGGCUCAAACCGGUAAAUUUAACUAA